AUGGACCAGUUUUGGUUAGCAUCUGCAUCGGAGUACCCAAGCAUCUCCAACCACAGGAUUAAGCAACUUCUCCUGUUCCCCACUACCUACUGGUGUGAGAUUGCAUUCUCUACUCUGGAUUACAUGAAGAAGAAGACGAGAUCACAGCUCUCUGUUGAACAGGACUUGCUAGUGGCCCUCUCCUCAAUGCCACCAAGAGUAAAAAAAAUCUGCUGUCUCUGACAUGCACAUGUAUUUGACUGAUUUGUACAUAAAAAUAUUUACAAUGGCACAUGUUUCAAGAUUUAAAAUGUUAUAUUUUAUAAUUUGUAGGUUAGAACCAUGGACAGUGCAGCUCCCUUGCAUUGACAGUUCUCUGUGCUGAAUUUCUUCUGGUUUCCUUUUUUCUAUUUUUAAUUUUGUUUAAAUUCAUUUUAAAUUUUUCAAAUAAAGCUUUGAAAUAUCCCGUUAAUAAAGAUUUCAUGAGUAAUAUAGUCGUCUUUGUCACAUUUAAAUUGGCAUUAGUGAAUAAUUAUGUACAUUUAUAGAUAUUUGACAUGAUAUGAAUGAUAACACAUGUUAUAAAGUUUAUUUGGCACAGUAAGUGUGCCUUUAGAUUUUUACUUGUCCUUUGGUGUGCCUUGGGGAAAAAACGUUUGAGAACCAAUGCCCUAACCAUUAUUUCCUGACUUUUUCACAUCUCAUCUCAUCAAACUGAUCCUUUUGUGCAUACAUGUCCUUGCCUUUUUGUACAAAGUGUGGCCUCCUUUGAAAUAUGUUAGUUUUUUUGCUUCAGAAAAACGUGUAGUCAUAACAAGAGCCGCUCUUGUGAAUCAUCCUUUUUCACAACGUUUUGUCCUGCUUUUAAAAAUCGAGACAAAAAUGAAAGUUUUUGUACAAACAUGUAACUUUUGUUGCCCUUGCAGGAUAAAAUGUGUUUUUUGUUUGUUUGUUUGUUUUUCAUUUAAAUACCAUUGCUGUUAGAGUGCUGAAGUCAGUUUACCUUGACAGAAAUUCCAUCUGUCUAUUUGCACAGCAGCCCUUUCAUUCAUUAGCUUUGCACUGUUGACACCUCCAGAGUGUUUGGAUUUCUAUCAGGUAGCUCUGUUGAUUACAAGCUCAGGCGCAGUGUCCUUCACUGCAUGAUAUUGAACUUGACAACCAGCUUUUAGCCUACUCUUACUUGUAAUUGAUAGUCUAACCCCAGGGAGAACUUACAUUUAUUUUGUGUUGUGCUCACCAUUUUUAAACUUUAUUUGCAAAUCUGUCAGUAUGCUCGUUUUGUACAGUUUUCUGUGCCAUUCACUUUUUUUCAAAAUGGUUUGAUUUCUGCACUUUCAAACACCUGAUCAGUGUUUUUACCAGACAUUAAGUUACUGUUGACCUCCAUCUUUUUAGAGAACAGAGGAAAUUGCUUCCUCACUGGGCACCACUGUGAGGUAGGUUAAAGGUAUUUUGUUUUGUUAGUAUUAAGUCUCCCUUGCUAGAUUUUUCAUUUUCUAAAUGGCAAAUACCUACUGUUAACUUCCAUCUUAAAAAUCAAAACCCAAUGGCUGCCUCUGUCUGUUUUUUUUUUCUGUGUCAGGUUUGGUGAGAAGGUCUAUGCUUGUUCAAUGGUCAAUCUCAGCUGUCAGUUCCUUUUUUGAUUAUGUGGGUUGGGGUUGAAGGGGUAACAUGCAAUUACCAUUAACUUCCUUUUUGCUAAGCUAGAAGAAAUCACUUCCUCUGAACUUAUAAUAUCAACUUAGGUUCAUCCAAAGGCUUUUACCUGAAAGGCAAAACAAGUUCGUUCUUGGUACAAUUAUUUGGAUGUUGUUUCUCUGGUGAAUAAAUGUACCAUUACCUUCAGAUUUUGUGAAAACUGCAGAGCGUUCCACCAGUUUUUGCACCUGCUGAGUAGAGUGUUUAUCUGAAUUUGAGUUUCAUUUCCAGUUUAUUCUGGAUAUUUUUUGUUGUGAGGUCUUAACUUCCUUGUACAGUCCACAUUUAACAUUGACAUCUUUUAGGAGGCAGUAUGUCUUGAUCAUACUGACUCGUUGCACACCUGCUCUGAUAAGUCAGGUGAGGACGCUUGUGUUUUAUCUGACGCCACACUCUUAGUAAUCACUCAAACACCAAGAACAGACCUCCACACUCUUUUCUCAUCUUUGUGUGUGAUAGAGAAAGAGAGAGCGGAAUCAGAGAGAGGUAGAGGCAAGGGACAGCCGACUCUGUGGUGGCUGUUCUGUGAUUGACCUGAUUAUGGAAAAGAGCCCCUGGCACUUCGCCCAGAGGGUGCAGGGAUUGUGGCGUCUUCAUAAAAUAUAUUCCUGUUGUGCCGGCUUCUGUCACAAGACGCCCAUGGAUAAAGCUCGGCCAUGGCAGCCUGCCAAAGAGGUAGCGUGUGAGCCGCAGAGAGGGAGAGAGAGAGAGAGAGAGAGAUGGAAAGAGGGAGCUUUUUUCGGCAGAGGGGAGAGGAACAGGAGGAGAUUAAUGAUGGAGAAGUGAAAGAAUUAUGCAGCAGUCAUGUCAUGGCAGCAUUAUGGAGGAUAUUAUUGAUGUUAGCAUCCUGGUGGUAAUUGCAGGUGGAGAAUGUUGGGCGUUUUUUGGAGGGAAAUAUCUCAAAUUAAUCUGCCAAAUAGAUUUGGUUGAAAUUCUAAAUGAUAGUUACAUAAUUAAAGGUCCCAUGGCAUGCCAAUUUCACACAACUUAAAAUAGUCCCCUGGUGUGUUAAAAGCAUGUCUGUGACGUCUUUCGGUCAAAAUUCGAUUUGGAUCAAUUAUUUUAGUGCUCUUUUUUUCAGCUAAAAACAGCUCCACUCAAAAUCCUCUGUUUUGGGCCAUGUCUCUUUAAUGAAAUGAGCUGCACCUAAGCCACGUCCACUUUACACCCAUCUCUCUGAAAGGGGCUGUGGCUGUGCUCAGAUAGCCAUGUGCUAAUGUUUACACUGGCUCGGUCAUGGCUGCAAGAAGAUCACUCGUACAACCUUACCAGUUUGAGCCAGAGUCUGACCCAGAGGGAGAGGCUCCGGAAGAAACUCUUAGCCGCGUUCAGACCAAACGCGAUUUGAAGCGACCUAGUCGACACAUCCUAUGUAUUAUUCAAAGCCGCCAGGAGGGUCACGCUUAAGGAGGAAGAUAUGAAUGUAGAAAAAAUUACAACCAGAGCUCUGCUACAAUGUAAGAUCUUGGUGCUCUAAAACUUCUCUGAAGCCUUUGCUAAUUAAUAGGAUGGCCGACCGUCCAGCAUUAGCCGGGACGUCCCGUAUUUGAGCCAAAAGAGGCGCGUCGCCGCACUGGUAUAUGCUAAAGCUACAUGCUGCUCCGGAGGGGGAUUUUGUCCCCCUCGGGGAAGAAGCGAGCGGCUAAAAUACAGGAAGAUCCGGUAAACCGGCGCGGAUCCGGUGUGUUUAUCAAAGCGUGGUGGCUGUGCUGAGGCACCGGGGGGAAUUUAGGCUAAACAGUAAGUCAAAAUAAAACGUUCAUACUUACAGAUGCCACGUUUGUAGUAGGAUCACGGAUAGUUGGUACGGAUCCAUUCUUUAUCUUCAGACAUCUAGCAAAUCCAGCGUCGAAAUGUCCCUCGUUGAUAAAACAGUCCGAAGUGAAAUGGUGCGCACAUACGUUCAGAUAUUUUGGAAGUGCCGCGGGUACAUUCCCAUUAUAAAUAAAAUCCACCCAUUGAGUCCUCAAAUCCUCAGACGAGGGAGUUUUCAAAAGAGUUUUGUGCUCGUUUGUGCAGCCAACAACAGAGCAAACGCUGCCUCUUUUUCAGAUCGUACUUUCGCCAUGGUUCUAACCGGAGCAAUGUGAGCGAGCGGCCGGGAAUAAUGGCGCUGUUUUGAUCAUUUUUGGGACAGGGCAGUGGGCGGCUCCAUGGGCAGUACCAUCAACAUGCCAGCACUGACAUGACGUCAUGUCAGUGGAGUUUUCAGAACGGCCUGCUCUGAGCACACAAUUCCUAAAUACAGAGAUAACUAAAAAAACGACUGGAUGGAAUUUUUUUGAACUUGGGGGGAUUGUAGCGGUUUUCUAUCCCUGAUAUGCAGUGUAAGUCAGGUUCGCCGUGCCUACAAGGCGUUCCCAAGCACAAUUUGGUAUUUUGGUGAGCAGCGCAGCCUGGGGUAAGUAUCCUCCCCUCCCUAACUCAGCUCCUCCUAGCAGCGUAAGUCAUAGCGAGGGAGGAGAGAGGGCGUGGAGUGAGUUUAACACAGCCGAUACCUGUAUUGACCAAUAACAUCAGCUCCUCUCCUCGCCUUUAAAUCCGCCACCGACAAGGCGUAUUCCAAUUUUAGUGAAGUAGUCAAAGAGAUCAAGAGAUGUCUGAAGACAUUAAUGCCACACGAUGGUGACAGAAGGCAGCUCCUCAACAAGUGUCGCUGUAAACACUGCAGAGGACAUCCUUCACACUGUUCGCUUUCACUGGCCGACAUGUCCAGGUCGAGCUGCGCGAGAAAUAAGAGGAAGAGGAAGAAAAAAAAGGAGGGAGACGAAUUACACAUCUUGUUAACUUCAUCACGUGUGUCUAUUUACUAGAUAUUUAAUUUAAUUUAAUGCGGUUUCAGCUGUGUUGAUUUGGUCAUGUUGUGUGUCCAAACGCGUGCCAAACGUGCUCAUCAGAUCAGAUAUAGGUCAUAAUAUAUCAAUAUAGAUCUAAAUGUAUGUGCUGACUCAGAAUAUUAGUUGCUGAUGAUUAUUUAUUGCAUUGAAGUGUGCCUGACACUGUGGAAACCCACCGGUGAGGCAUCGGUGACAUAUGCUGAUACGCCGCCGGUCUACCAAAAUACCACUAAACCAGCUGCGCUCCGCCUGUGCUGAAAGCUGACCAGGUUUGAAUCGGCGAGCUUUUAGAGCACUUUAUACGCCACCGUUGAGCAGGAAAAUGUCACUGCGCCUUCUGAUUCUGUCGACACCUCCCUCUGCCACGCCACCACGCCCAGCUUGGCGGACCUUGGUGCGCCUCAGUCCACGGAAAUACCUAACUGGCUGUACGCCAGGCUCCGCCAGAUGAAAAUUUCACUGUGCGGGGUCCGCCACCUCACCGCCGCCUCACCAGCGGACAUGAAAAUAGAGCCCUAUGACUCAAACCUCACCAAGUGCAGUGGAAAAAUUUAUGAUAAUUCUUCAUGGAAAUGCAAUCAGACCAAGGGGCUAAGGCAGAAGAACUACUGCGUCUGCAGUGCACAUACAAGAUACACAAGAACUCUGAUUGUAUUUCCAUAAAGUAAUAAUCGUAAAUGUUCUUUCUUGAGCUGUGAAACUCCAUUGCACUCAGUGAUUGACUCGUCAGGGCUCCCCUACAAACAAGUAGCUGCUGGAGGAGAGUAGUGUUUAGUCUCUUUGCUAAAGAAAUUAGGCAAAGUUAAAAAGAUGUUUGAUGGCUAGUGCUAUGGCUGGGACCCUAUAUGUACUGUUGAUAAAGUCAGGUGCUGUUCUGAGCAUUAUUUGUGGCUAUAGAGUGGCGUUUUGGCUUGUUUAUGGCUCCUCAGACUGCUGUGUAUUGUGUGCGGUCAUUGCUAAAGUUGGUAUAACUAGAGAAGCAAGCGGUCGGCAACAUUCAUCUCUCGAGGGGUUGUCUAACUCGGUGUUACGAUGUGUUUGACUUUAACUUAAAUUUACGCCGGAAUAUCUCUUUGAUCUUGUGAAAAUAAGAUUUGUCUGUUAGGGUUUUUUUUUUUUCAAUUGAUUUUAAAUCUGUUUGCAGUUACUUUUCAUUUUCAUGUGUAAAUGAAACAUGUUUUCCUCAUUCAAACAAAGCUGCUGCCAAAAAGAGCCUUACAUUCAAGAAAAGAGGUAAAAACUUAUUACAGCAACAGACACACUUUACUUUUGAACAAAAAUCUAACAAUUUAAACAUGAAAAUGACAGGAGUCCUCAACAAAAAUCUCUUAAGUACUUCAUAAGUCAAAGUAAAUGCCGGGGAACCAACCACUUGGGAAAAAAAAAAAAAAGCAAAGGUCAUAACAGUACUUCAAUUUAAAAGAGGAGAAACAACAGACUCAUUUUAAAUUUCAUUUCAAGGAUACAAGCAGAGUUUGCAACUCUAAAAAUCGAUUUGCAGUGAGUUUCAUAGUGUCAGGGCAUAAACAGAAAAAGAAACAAAAAAGGUACCCUCACUUUGUACUCCUUAAGAAAUUAUAUGGAAAAUUUGUAAGAGAAGUUAAAAAUUUGAUUUUUUUUUUUUUGUUUUCUUGAAUUAAAAGGUCUUUUAAACUAAUGAUCAAAUAUACAGGUCACUGGUAUCUGAAGCAGUUGGUGAACAAAAUUCACGCUUUUAAUGUUGGUUUUAUUUUGUUGUUAAGACCUCUGAGCUUUGAGUUCAGCUACAUCUAGUGUGAUGAUCAAUGUAUCAAUGUCACCAUGAUCAUGGUGAUAGUUGGGAGUGUGGUGUGGAAAAUUGUUGAUGCAGGGGUUUUGAUGGAUCCGUAAACUGAAGAACAUCUGUUUGACUGCUGUGUUGAUCAUGUGUUUUAUAAACAGAGUCUAUUUUGAUGUGUUGUAAAGUAAUGUAAAGAGAUUAAACCUUAUCUAAUGAUUCAAAGUCUUAAAAGUUACUUGUAUUUGAAAGUUCAAUCUUUUUGCAUUACCCGAGCCAGGCCCACAACAGAUGCAGCAGGCUAAGGCUGCCCUUCAACUAUCCCUCCCCCUUAAUCCAAACUUCAAUCUGACCUUUAGUGAGGAUUCAUGCAAACCCCAACUCAUGAGUGUGUAGUGGUCGGUAAAAGUAAUGAGCUGCCAAGAGCAGGCACUGGGCCAAAUGAUGGAGGACUGCCAGGAUGUGCCGGAAUGCACCAUUAAUCUGUAAACUGAGACCACACAUCUUUAUACUUCCCCUGUGUUUCUUCUCAGUGGUCCGUUGCACUAUUGCAGUGUUUUGUUUGGGUAUAAAAGUGGUAGACAGGGAAACAGGUGGUGUUUACCAAUUCUUUUUAGAGUAAUUCAACUAGGUGAAGCAUAUACCUGUGUGUUGGUCACUGAUUCCAUGUUGGUCUGAGAACCGUUAAAACACCUCUUUUACAGCCUGUCUCCCUGUUUCCUCCACUGCACACCCACAGAUUUUCCCAUCCUUAUGCCCUUGUGUCCUGUUAAAUUCAACCAUGCAAUACUAGACAUUUUCCAACCCACCUUUAUAGCUGUCUUCUCUUAAAAUCCCACUCUGAUCAUUUUUUAUUUUCACUUAAAGUGUUAUCGUGGUCUUUAAUUUGUGAUUAUGAAGUAAGUAAUGAAGUUUUAGCCAAAAUCACGUCAUCUGUGUCAUUUUCAAGGGCUUUUCUUCUGCAGAGCUCCAGUAGCUCACUAGCAAUUUGCCUAUUUUUUUUUCUAUUUUUCCAGCCUUUCACCCUUAAAUAUAUUACAUCAUUAUAUAUUAAAUAUACUGUGCUAGCAUAAGCGGUUGUUCUUAGCCUUGGAUGUUAACGUGACACUGGUGCAAAUCUACCCACCACUUGCAAACUGAAGCCUGAUCACCGCAGAGGGUCCACUUGUUGGACCCGUGUGGGUAAGUUUUGCUGCCUCUCAUAAGGUCCACCUGUUAACACCAUAUUAACGUUGUGGGCUCUGGACUGAGCCCCCGCCUGUGAGUACCUGUGACGCCCCAGCUAGCAACUGUCACUGCUAUCAUCAGGCUAACACUAGCACCCUGUUAGCCCCAUACUGGCCUCCUCUGUCUCUGCAUUCUCCCCUAGCCACCUCACCCACAACAUGCCUCCACUCACCUCUCCAUCUGGCUGUGUCAGCUGUGCCAGCCUGGCUGAAAAGAUCCUGGUGCUGGAAGGAAGAAUCUCCUCUCUCUACAAGAUCCAGGAAUCUGAGAAACAUCUAGAUACCAUCGUCUUCAAACCGGUGCAAUCUGACACAAGUAGUGGUCUGGAGCCUGAACCCACUGCUGCUGCUGUGUCCACCUCUACUCCAGAACCUGCUGUCACCGCUCAUUAUCCCGCCGGAGAAUCAGCCUCUCCUCCUGAGCCUGUCACCACUCACCGUCCCGCUCCUCCUCCACUCCCCAUCUCCGAUGACUCCUGGGCUCGGUUCGGGGCUAAGCCCUAG